UCCCCUGCUAUGGCUCGCCUCCGCUCUUGCAUAUGCACGAGUAUUCUGGGGGGAGGGCCGGGAGGCGAUGAACAGACGUGGCCGUGUCUGGUUUGAACGGCUCAAACACUAGAACAUAUCCGGCUCGUUUCGUUGAAGUGUGCAGCGGUGUGCCGACGAGUCGCAUAACGACCGGUGGUGCAGCUAAAGCUGGACAAAGCGCUCGAGAUAACUGACCGCUAUCACAAUCAUGACGAGACACCCGAGAAAGUGACCGUCGAUUCAGACGAGCGCGCUCUCCAGCCCACUCGUGUCAGCGAUCGCGAGAAUGAAACAUGUCAUCGGACUCGGUAUCCUUAAACUCGUAGCUCACCGCCUUACUUACCCCGAUUAUGCCAGUGUCAACGCCUCCCGAACUUUGCAUAUGCAAUACGCCCACUUUCGAUGGCAGUCCUGCUCCAACUUCAUCGUAUCAGCCACCGAAUCUUCGAUCGUUAGCCCUCACAAGGAGAUCCAUAGGUUCAACUCCGUCAGGACCUCAGAUUGGAGGUGCAGUUCCAAUUCAAAAUACUCCGAAGAGCCAUGAUGCAUGAUAUCUCGGCGAGUCCGUGUCAAUCAGACAGAUAUCACAGUUCAGUACUCAUCAUGUCCUCCCACCUCGCGAUCUCGUGGACAGGAAGUCUCGAGCGACGAGGCUCGGAGUCGAAGAACGCCAGCUCAGGCUGGCACUAUACAGAAUCGAUAUGAACCCCGUAAUGACCGUUCAUUAGACCGGCGGCGUUAUCGUGACUUUGCUCCAAGUGAGCAGACCCACCCAAUCGUAAGAUAAGCAUAGCCGCGAAUUGCGUAUUCGAGAGAACGCCACAGUUGAUGAUGGAGUGAUUGGAGAACGAAACAAACAUACCUAGGUUCCUUUGAGUUAGUAGUCUAGACGUUUGAUGGACUGAUGUCCGAUCAAAG